UUUGUACAGAUAUUCUGGUUGAUACCACCAACAGAUCACAAUAUUGCACUGUACGAGAAAUGGGUCUUGUCCGGACAGCAAGGAGAUAUUUUCUUUGGUGACACAGUGGAGGGAUGUGGCCGAGUCACACUGCAAGAGGGUUCCACGUUCUUCAUCCCUUCUGGCUGGAUCCAUGCAGUCUACACGCCGGUUGACUCGAUGGUGUUCGGUGGCAACUUCCUGCACUCAUAUUGUAUCAGUACACAGCUUCGCAUUGCACAAGUAGAAGAGACCACACAUGUGCCUCAGAAAUUUAGGUAUCCAUUCUUCACAGAGAUGCUCUGGUACGUGUUAGAGCGAUAUGUCAACUGUUUGCUGGGUAUUUCACAUCUCAAGGAUAUCUCCUCUAGUCCUACCAAGGAGCAUGUCCACCUUACAUUCCAGGAGCUCCGAGGUAUCAAGUCAAUUCUGUCGUACUUGCACUUUAUACCUGCCAACAAGAAGUGUGUGCCAGAGCUUAUCACUGAUCCUGUGGCCCUUAUCAAAGACGUGAGGACACUAGUGGAGAGGCACCGCAAUGACAGUCCAGUUUCUGCCAUCACAGGACAUGCAGUGUUUAAAUCUCCUGGCGUGAAAUUCAAGGACAAGACAAACAAUGUGGGCAUGGAGAAAGCAUUCCCAAGACGCAGAAGAACAAGAUGUAAAAAAUGUAUAGCCUGUAACAACUCAGACUGUGGCCAGUGCAACUUCUGUAAGGAUAUGAUCAAGUUUGGAGGGACUGGCAAGUCAAAACAGAGCUGUAUCCAGCGCCAGUGUCUUCAGCCCAUGUUGCCUGUGAACACCACCUGCUCAUGCUGUGGCAAGGAUGGUUGGGGUAACAAUCCCUCUGACACAGACACAGACACCCGUGAGGCCCAGCCCAGUUCUAUAAUGGAGUGUUGUAUCUGCUAUGAACUCGUACAUCCAGCGUGCGUGGAAAGUUCGUACCCAGAUGUUGUGGGUGUUGUUGACGAAGACUUACCAAGCAGCUGGGAGUGUCCCAAGUGUUGUAAAGAUGGGAGGAACACAAAUUACAAGCCCCGCCACUUCAAAGCAAGAAACAAAGUUUCAUCUGUACGUGAGUCAAGUAACCUCACUUCACAAGAUUCAGUGGAAGCUUUCACGUGACAUUCUGUUUAUGAGUACAUUGUUUUUGCAGCUCCAACACUUCAAAGCAGGAACCAAAGUUUCAUCUGUAUGAGAAUCGUAACACUGUUUACUAAUACUGUAUUGUUGCAGCCCCGCCACUUCAAAGCAAGAAACAAAGUUUCAUCUGUACGUGAGUCAAGUAACCUCACUUCACAAGAUUCAGUGGAAGCUUUCACGUGAC